AUGAUCAAGGAGCACUUGGUGGAUGUUGGUGACCUGAGGAAUUUGGUCCAUAUCAUUAGCCAGGUCUUGCCAAAUCAGCUCCUGCCUCAAGCGACUAUGCAAGCUGUGGUCGCCUACAAUCAAGAGGAUGGACGAACCAGCCUGGAGGGCAAGAAGAAGGUUGAGAGCCUCAAGCGCGAGCUCGGUGCCGGCGGGUUCGUUGAGACUCUUCCGGAUGACGUGCAAGCCUUGUUUAAUUCCAGGGAGAAGGAGCCAGAAUGGGCUGGGCAUGCAGAAGCAAUGGGAUCUGCGGCGCGCCACCACAUAGGCAUUGAUGGUCACAUUUCGGCGGUGAUUACGUACGUCAAAAUCUUCGACUUUGACCUUCUGGUGGCACAAGGCUUUGACACUGCCGUGCUGGACCUUGGUACACCAUCUGAUUUCACCUACAAAGACCUCAACAGCCUCGCAGGUGAUGCGUGGUCGGUUCCUGUUGCUGGCGCGGUCAUAUUUGGUGUUUUGGCAUGCGUGUUUCCUACGGCAACAGGGAAGCCUGCAGUUAGUCUCAAGACGAAGCCACCCGUGCCAAUCCUCUCACAGAUCAAGCUGCUGAAAGUGUUUGGUGACCACGAUGAUGAUGACCACCUGCGUGAUGCAGACUCCAUGGACGUUGCAAGUCCAAGUGCGUCUGAGGGUGAGGCUCAGGAUGGCUGGGACGUGUUGAGCCCCCAGAGUGACACAGCAACAGAAGAAGAUCGCGAGGCAGACCUCAUGUUUGCCUCACCUUGCGAAGGGUUCUGCACUGCAUGCGCCAGCUUGAUUCAGAAGGGGGAGGUCGUGAUAUCAUGGAUGCAAGGCCAGCGCAUGAUCAUGCUGCAUGCCAGCUGCAUGGUAGACUACGCCUCUAACUGCGACUUCGCCAAGAGCUUGUUCGUGGCCUUAGUGGCGUUCGAGCCCCGUGCACCUAUAUCCUUGCACUGUCCUUUGAAGGAUGCGUUGGAGAAGCUCCAGGAGCUGAUUCAUGCGGACAGCGGAUCUGAGAAGACAGUUUGCCGAAGCUGCUUUGAGCCGGAGGGUGAUUGCGUGUGCGACCCAAUCACGUACGAUCUGGAUGAGACCCAGGAUGCACAGGUCCUGAUCCCAGUUUUGAGCGCUGCAGACGGCUCAUGA